GUUUCAGCUUGCAUCAAAAGCGUCAAAUGGAGCAACAUAGCAUGGAUAUCGUCGUGGCUAGCACAUGGCUUACCAUAUUAGUCUAUGCGGUGAUCGCCAAUGUUUUGCUAGUUAUACUCAUUAUUAGUAGCACCGAAACACGUACACUUACCAGGUAUACUUAUGUGGACGUGGUGAUAAACGCGGUGGUCCUUAUCAUAACCGUCACUUCUUAUGCAGCUGUACUGAACAAGAUCCGCACCUUCCGCGGUCAAUCUCAGCAACAUGUGAACGACGCACAGAGCGCCAAUAAACAGAAUUCUAGAUUGGAAAUUCGGCUACUCAUCCAGUUCCUUGCUGGUUCACUGAUUUACUUGCUUACAUGGAUAACUUGGCAGUGGCUGCCUCGUCUCUCACCAUCAAAAUGGAUGUUCUUCGUAAUGAUGUCGUUCUCCUUUUCCAACAAUGCAAUGAACCCGACAAUCUACCUUAUAUGUAACAAGAGCCUGCGUGAAAAGCUGCGUCAUUUAUUAGGUUGCAGAUGGCACAAAUGGCAUAAAACAACCAUGACUAUAUUGACUAGAACAUCGCAGACUGGAAGAAGCUGA